ACCGUUAGCUAACAGCUUCGGUUAGCUACAGUAACGUAAGCAUUCUAGCUGAUGUCUAGCUUAAGCUACCACUACGAGCCCAGUUACUUCUGCGAGCCACCUAAUAAAUUAGUUCUCCUCGCACCUCUUCCUUAAUCGCUUCGGCAUUUGAAAAAUGUCUGCAGACGUCUAAUUCAAGCCAUAUAUUUUCUCCUCUGAGUUUGUUUUGGUUAGAGUUCAACUGGCUGACUAGUCUGACAAGGGUCAUGUCAUCAGAACAACUUUAUGUUCCUGCCCCUGCUGGAGAGUCAAACCUCCAGCUCCUCUGGAACACACAGACAUGUUCCUAUCAAUCCGCUCAGCCGCUCUGUGUCCUGGAGCUCCUCGCUUGCCAACAGUUUCCACUCUGGAGGCACAGAGACCGACCAACAUUCUGGCAUGCACACCAGCAUCAGCGAGAUCCUGAAGGAGAAGAGCCUGAAGCCAUCUCGCCGCAGCCUGCCCUGCCUGGCCCAGAGUCAGACUCAUCCAAUCAACCUCAACCACUUCCUGUCUGUGCCGCUGAGCCCGGAGCCCAAACCAGAAGUUGAGGUUCUGAGUCAAAGCAUCAGCACCUCCUGCAGCCUCCUCCCCCCUCAGACAGAAGAUGGCAAGGAUCACUACGUGGAGGAGUCAGAGGCGACUACGUGUGAAACUAAGGCAGACGAGUCAUUUCUGCUACAAAAGCCUGUCACCCGUGCUAAAUUAGAGGCCCGAACAGAUUCACUUCAGCAGGCCUGUGCAUCAAUGCAUCUAAAAUCCAGAGGUGAAACAUUGUUGCUACAGGGAAAGAAUCCAGCUGGUUCCUCUGGGCUGUUUUUCCGAGAUGGGAAAAAGCGUAUUGACUACAUCCUGGUUUACAAGAAGUCCAGUCCACAGGUGGAAAAGAGGUGCACCUUUGAGAAGAAUUUACGGGCUGAGGGUCUAAUGUUGGAGAAGGAGCCCUCUUUGACGAACAACGACAUCAUGUUUGUGAAGGUCCAUGCUCCUUGGGAUACGCUUUGCAAAUAUGCAGAGCAGAUGAACAUCCGAAUGCCUUUCAGAAAAAAAUGUUACUUCACAGACUGGAAGAGCAAAACCUUGGGCAGCAGGUUUCAUCUAAGAUGUCGUCAGAUAAAAAGCUGGCUUCCAAGAAAUCCAAUGAAGCUAGACAAAGAGGCCUUGCCUGACCUGGAGGAAACUGACUGCUACACAGCCCCCUUCAGCAGAGCACGCAUGCAUCACUUCACUAUCAACAAUAGAGAGACCUUCUUUUCCAAUUCCACCAGAAGCCGAAUAGUCCAUCAUGUCCUGCAGCGCACGAAGUAUGAGGAUGGAAAACCAAAGAUGGGUAUCAACCGGUUAUUGGGCAACAACACGUACGAGGCAGCAUUUCCUCCUCAUGAGGGUGGUUAUAAAAGCAGACACCCAAUUAAGACGCACGGUGCCCAGAAUCAUAGGCAUCUUCUGUACGAGCGCUGGGCCCGCUGGGGAAUCUGGUACAAAUACCAGCCUCUGGACCUCAUCAGGCGGUACUUUGGUGAGAAAAUUGGUCUUUAUUUUGCGUGGUUGGGCUGGUACACUGGCAUGUUGAUCCCUGCCGCCCUGGUUGGUGUUUUUGUCUUUCUCUAUGGUCUCUUCACGAUGGACUCUAGCCAAGUAAGUAAAGAGAUUUGUGAAGCCAACACUACCAUCAUGUGUCCUAUGUGUGAGGAGACCUGUGAGCCGUGGACGCUGAGUGACAGUUGUGUCUACGCGAAGGUGACCCAUCUGUUUGAUAAUGGCGGGACUGUGUUCUUUGCUAUCUUCAUGGCUAUUUGGGCCACAGUAUUCCUGGAGUUCUGGAAAAGGAGGAGGGCAGAACUGACUUAUGACUGGGAUCUCAUUGAUUGGGAGGAGGAGGAGGAGGAGCUGAGGCCUCAAUUCGAAGCCAAGUACUCCAGGGUGGAGAGAGUCAACCCCAUCUCCGGCAAACCUGAGCCUUUCCAGCCCUUCUCAGACAAACUCAGCCGGCUCAUGGUGUCUGUGUCCGGAAUAUUCUUCAUGAUUUCCCUCGUUCUGACAGCCGUGUUUGCUGUGGUGGUUUUCCGUCUCAUUGCGAUGGAGAAAUUUGCUUCCUUCAACUGGUAUUUUGUGAAGAAGAACUGGCAGUUUGCCACCUCUGGCACUGGUGUCUGCAUCAACUUUAUGAUCAUCAUGUCUCUCAACUUGGUGUACGAGAAGGUGGCCUAUCUGCUGACAAAUUUAGAGCACCCACGGACAGAGUCUGAGUGGGAGAACAGCUUUGCUCUGAAGAUGUUCCUGUUCCAGUUCGUAAAUUUGAACAGCUCUACAUUUUACAUUGCUUUCUUUCUCGGAAGGUUUGCUGGCAGGCCUGGAAAUUACAAUAAACUCUUUAAGCGAUGGAGAUUGGAGGAGUGUCACCCAAGUGGCUGCUUGAUUGAUCUGUGCCUGCAAAUGGGAGUCAUCAUGUUCUUCAAACAAAUCUGGAACAACUUCAUGGAGCUCGGUUAUCCUUUGCUGCAGAACUGGUGGUCUCGCAGGAAGAUGAAGAAAGUAGGUGGUGGAGGGCAGAAUGUAGAGAAUAAAGCUCAGCUUCCACAGUGGGACAAAGACUGGAAUUUGCAGCCAAUGAAUGCCCAUGGACUGGUGGAUGAAUACCUUGAAAUGGUCCUCCAGUUUGGCUUCACCACCAUCUUUGUAGCAGCGUUCCCUCUGGCUCCUCUCCUGGCUCUGCUCAACAACAUCAUUGAGAUUCGUCUUGACGCCUACAAGUUUGUGACUCAGUGGAGGAGACCCAUGCCUGCCCGAGCCACAGACAUAGGGAUCUGGCAUGGGAUUCUCGAAGGUAUCGGCGUGUUGGCAGUCAUCACCAACGCCUUCGUCAUUGCUAUCACCUCAGACUACAUCCCCCGCUUUGUCUACGCAUUCAAAUAUGGACCGUGUGUGGACAAGGGACACCACCAUGAGGAUGAGUGUUUGCGAGGCUACAUGAACAGCAGCCUGUCUGUGUUUGACAUGGGCGAGAUGAAGAACAGCAGCCAGUCCAGAUACUGCAGGUACAGAGACUACAGAGCACCGCCCUGGAGCUCAGUGCCGUACGAAUUCACCCUGCAGUUCUGGCACGUCUUGGCUGCCAGGCUGGCCUUCAUCAUCGUCUUUGAGCACCUGGUGUUUGGGAUCAAGUCCUUCAUAGCGUACCUCAUUCCGGACAUGCCAAAGGAUCUCUGUGAUCGUAUGAGGAGGGAGAAGUACCUGAUGCAGGAGAUGAUGUACGAAGCAGAACUAGAGCACCUGCAGAAGGAGAGAAAGAAGAAAGGACGGCGUUAUCACCAUGAGUGGCCUUAGCUUUACCCACCACUUCUCCACUACACACCGCACAGCCCUCAACUCACAGGCAUGUCCUCCCCAGCCUGCUUAUUUAUGUGUUUUAGCUUUGAGAGUCUAGCUCCACUCGGCUGAUUCUAUACACCAAAGACACCCCCGUUUAGUAACCAGAUCCUUCCCCAAAACUGUCUGGCUUCAGGCUCUGACCCUCGCCAUCUGUUCCACAUCCAGUGUUGGGCUGCUCUUCUGGCCCCACCCCGCUCCUCCUCGAGCCCUCACCUGGCUUCAUCCAGCAGGUUGCCCUUGGAUCUGUGCUGUGUCAUAGCUUCACUGGAAAACCCUGUGCAAUUGUAAUGUUUACUAUGCAGAUCAAGGGCUGCAGAUCACCACUGUUCACCCAUCCUACAUUCUCUCUCUCUGUGUGUGGCAGCUAGCUCUCCGCAUGGCUGCGUUUUUCUCCCGUGAGCAUUAGCAGAGCCGUUCUGCUGCUAAUGUGAUAGAGCUACUAUGGCACUUAGCAUUUCUUGUUGCAAAAGUGAUUCUGGUGAUGUGGCUACCAAAUACAAUGGACACUGUUGUUGCAAAGCGACUGUAUAUUGUCCCUGAAGCAUGCUGAUCAAUAUUUGCAGCUAUAUGGUGAACUGCGAAGAGAAUAAAAUUAAGACAACUGCACACAUCCUGUAGGAUGUUAACAUCUAUUCUGUACAUUCUCUAUGAAAUCAUAUCAAGUGCAUGGUGAUAUUGUUUUGUAUCUUUUGAUAGACAAAGUCGCUGUGUUGAUGCCUGGUUCACAUGUGUCUGUACUCAGUGCAAGCUAAAUGUCAAUCUCCGUCUGUGCUACUGCUGAGCUUGACUUUCUUGAGUGGAGGAAAUGUGAACUUAGUGCAAUUAGAUUGUGCCUACUGCUCACCACAAUUGUGUCACGAACAUCACAUGUGCCUGUUUGUGCUGCACAUGCUUUUUCAAGUGCAAGAAAUGUUCUCUUUCCUCAUUCUGUUGUCUGAUCUUCUGUUAACUCUCUGAACUCUCCUGUUUGGAUUUGCUUUGGAUGUGAGUCCCACCACAGUACCUACUCGGGUCUCAGCUAAUGGCUCUGAAACAUGUCGACGGUGUACGUUGUAAUGUGACUCCCACCAUUAACAAUGUAUACAUGCACGCAGGUACUGCAAAUCUGCUCUUCCGUUCUGUGCUCGCAGCCUGUUUUUCAUUUGUUGUUGGAAGCCCUGAAGCGUGGUUGAAACUUGGAUCACUUAGACAUACCUGUGGCUUGGGUGUUCAAGUUUACAAAGAACAUCCAACCACUGUUCGUCACUCACAGCACACCAACAUAUUUCAGUUUGGGUCCUUUGCUAACUAAGCACACAGUCAGAUGCAGUGUCGGCUGCUUUCGGACCUUUUAUUGAUGUGAAACCUAGAAAUUCGGUUUUGUUAAACGCAGAGUCAUGACAUUGCCUUUACUUGUGGUCAGUUCUGAUGUCAUGGAUUACAGAACUCAGGAAAACAGGCAGCAUGUGCGAAGUAUCCAUCUGUGAAUCUGAGUCAGAAUCAUAAUCAUUUCCUGUUUCAUUCACGAUGAGAUGGAGAGUCGUGUAGUGCGUGGAGUAAACAGUAUUAAUGAGGAGUGUUUUCAUUUUGUAGGUGAUGAGAACUUCAACAUCAGCCCAAGACCUUCCAUACAGGUCAUGUUGAUCAUAUGAUGUUUGAUACGAUUUAGAGUUAACGACAUUAUGCACAGUAAACGUGAAAGUUACAUGAACCUAACACCUGAAGGUAAAGAAUAUCACUACCCUGAAUGCAUUGCACAACACUGAAAAAACUAUUCAUUAUUUAAAAAUAAGUGUACAUUAUUUAAAUUAGUUUAGUUAUGUUGCAUUGUAUAUACAUUUUAUUAUAUGUGGAAUGUUUUUAUACUUUUUAUUUUGUGCUAUCAGUAUGAGUUUACCUGUUUUCAUCCUCAGAUAAACAAAGUAAUGUCCACAUUUCUCAGGUGUCUUAUGAAUGUUUGCAGAUGAUAAACUUUUUAUCAUAUUUUCUAAAAUCCUGCUUUUUUAAAUUAUAUUUUUGCACUGGUAGUGCAUUCGCAUGACUAUUAUGCACACUCACAGUUAAAGCAUGUUUUUUAAUUUUAAAAUUUUAAAAUAUUGAAAAUCAUGGAAUACCAUCAUGGGGACAUAUGAUGCAGGUCGUAAGAUGUAAUGAUGCUUUCAGUUCAUAACGUUCAAUCCAGUGAUUCAAACAAGUGUUUUUAAAACAUAUUCCAAUACUAAAGAAAUUACUCCGGGUUUUCAGAAUAUCUUCCCUGCUAUGUGAACACUGAAAAUCUAUGCAUGUUGUUAUCCUUGAGUGCUAUGUUGAUUUUGAACAAAUGCAGAUGUAAAUGUACUGGUACAUUGGUACUGUAAAGUAUGCAUGACCUAACAUCUGCCUUGAGCAGAGCUAACUUCUGUACAGUUGUUAACAGCGUCUUAAACAUAUCACCUCCGCUUUUCAGUGUUGAACAUGACAAGACAUUGUGUUUCUUGAUUUGACAGAAUUUUAUACUGUAAGAUAAUUUUCUAAAUAACAUCUUAGACUCUAGACUAAUUUCUAUAAUCUGGCCUGGACUGAAUUUAAGAGUCUGAUCAAACGAAACAUGUCAAUCCUCAAAUUUGCUCUGUUUGAACAGUCAACUGGGAAUUAGUAUAAUGUUUACCUCCUGACAGCUGAAGUGUUUAACUUUAUGGGAUUGGUUGGGAGAGUUAUGAAUGAAUAACUACAUAACCUUGAAUGUUUGACUUGCCCAGCUACUACUAAUUUCCAGAUGGAUCUUUGUCCUGUUAUCUUCUCUUCUCUGGCAGCAUCGGUGUCCCUUCUCACUAAUACAAAUACUGCGCGGUGGUGGAAAGGUGUCUCAUGCCUUUCACUGUUGGCAAUAGCACAAUAUGGGUAUUGCAUAAUAAGUUAUUAUGGCAUGACCUUGCACAUCUCUGAAAACAUUGCAGUCUAGAGGGGGAUUAUGCUUUCUGUUCUAUGCUAUGCCUCCUAAUAGGAUUGUGCUUGAGCAAGUGAUGUGUGACUUGACGUGGAAGCACGGUGAUGUUAGACCAUAGAUUUAACUGCAUAAUAGGAUGGUAUCAGUUGUGACAUGAAGUAUAUCAAUGACAUUGUUGACUUCGUUCCUGUUUACAUGUAAAAACAUAUUGAAAUGUAUAAAAAUAAUGUAACAUAAAAUAAUUUGGAUAUCACUUUUUUCUGUAAUAAAUCAUGGAUUGUAUCUUUUAAAUCAAA